GCAGCAGCAGCGGCAGCAGCUCCUCUGCAGUAGUGUGUGCGUGUGCGCGUGCGUGCGUAUGCGUGCGUGUGUGUAUGCAUGUACGUACGUAUGCGUGUGCGAAUGUGUGUGCGCGCCUAUGUGUAUGUGUGUGUGGACCCCGCAGUGUGAACCCGCUCUGCAGCUCCGCGCCGCUUCCCAGCAUGGGCGACAAGAAAAGCCCAUCCAGGCCAAAAAGACAAGGCAAGCCAUCUGCAGACGACGGACUGUGGGACUGUAGCGUCUGCACAUUCAAAAACAGCGCUGAGGCUUUCAAAUGCAGCAUGUGUGAUGUGCGCAAAGGCACAUCUACAAGGAAACCUCGGAUAAACUCUCAACUCGUGGCCCAGCAGGUAGCUCAACAGUACGCCACUCCUCCCCCAGCCAAGAAAGAGAGGAGGGACAGAACCGACCGAGACCAGCCCGACGACGACCACUACGACAUGGACAACUCUGACUCAGACAGGCUGAGCAGCGUCCACCCCGACUCGGACCAGCCAGACAGGCUGGGCCUGGAGAGCAGCCAGUCCGAGAGAGGACACAUGCACAAGGACAGGCGACAGGAGCGUGUUGGACUGGAAAAGCCUCAGCAGCUCCAUGUGGACAGGAGGCCUGAAAGAGCAGGCCUAACCCAAGAGCUGCUGCAGCACGAGGGAGCGCAGCGAGAGAACCCGCACAGGGAACUGAUGGACAAGCUUCAGCCGCAAAGGCAGCUCACGGACAAGGAGCUUCCUCUUACAGGAGGGCCUGGGAUGCAGCCGGCCGAAAGGAUGCGUGCCGAGAAAGAAGGACUGAAGAAGGGCAAAUUGGAGAGGACUAUGGCGGACAAACAGAAGGAGAAAGAAAAGGGGGCUGCGCCCAACAAAAAGCCGGCAACAGCCAAAAAGAUCAAGCCCAAGCUCAUUCACAAAGGUCCUCCAAGUGAGAGAAACAGCACCAAGUCUGGCAAGUCAACCACAAAGAGCAACAGACAACUUAUUUCAAGGCCCAAGCUGAAGAACAUCGACCGCAGCUCAGCACAGCAGUUGGCCAUAACCGUGGGAAACGUUACGGUCAUCAUCACAGACUUUAAGGAGAAGACUCGCUCCUCCUCCACCUCCUCCUGCACUGUGACCUCCAGCGCUGGCUCCGAACAGCAGCACAUGAGCUCCAGUUCCGAGAGCACGGAAAAGGGCUCCUCCCGCGCCUCCACGCCACGCCGAGACCUCUCCUCUGGACACAACGAGGUCCUGUGAGCUGGUGGAGGUCCAGGGCCUUCACGCUCACCUUCACAGUGCACACCUAUAACUUAUACUUACCAUACAAGGAUGAAGGAUCAUUGUCAUGCAUGGAGACUGUUUACAUCUCGAUAUUCUGCCACACACUGGUCUGUGGUACGACAGACAGACUUUUUCCCCUGAGAGAACUGUAGAUUCAUAUGUUGUGCAGUCAGCAUUACUGAGUGGAAGAAGUUGAAACCCACUGUAUAUUUUGAGCCUUAGGUCUCCGGUUUUGCAAAUUGUUCCUCUCUACUGGAAACGUUGCCUGGUGAUUCUCCCAGCACUCACCCAAACGAUAAUAAUAUUUGAUCACUGCAUCUGUUGGAUAGCAAGCUUCACAGUUGAAAGCACCAUAUAGUAGCACCAAAAGGCAGGCGAUUACUUUUUUCUUUUUCUUUUUUUCAAAGUAAUGCCUGUAUAUGUACUGUAUAACUGCCAUAAUAAGGACAAAUAAUACUGUACAUGUGAUUACACCUCAGUAAUUAUAUAAAUUGGAAAUUUACACAAACCGUGAACAAAUGUGGGAAGUUUUUGCUAACAGUUUUCGUUCAAAUGGGCAUGUAUAGCUAUUAAAUCAGUCACACCAAUGUAACAUUUUGAGAAUAACGACAAUAUUCAGCAAAAGCCAUUUUUAUAGUGAUAUGUUUUUGUAAAUCUAUCACUAAUCAGAACCCACUGUCCGUUUAUUGGGAAGCAUUCUUCCAAAUGCUAUUGAUAAACUAUUGGCUGUUGCAGAGCUUUUUAUGUGGCACGUGGUCACAACUCUUGACUUUUAUUAGUAAGCAACAAUCAAAACUUCGUCCACUUCAUUGCCUCAAAGCAUCACAAAUCUAUUGAUGUGAUCUUUUUAGAUGAAAUGUUUUAUUAGUGUAUUUAUUUUGUGCAAGCGAUUCUGUUCUUGUGUACGAUAGGUAACCUUAAUUUACUAUGUAAAGAUGGUUACAUAUAAUGAAUACUUGUCUUAAUAUGGAUUAUCCCUUUGUUCAUUUGUGGUGUAUUGUAUUUUCCACAGUUCCUUUCUUGUACCUUUGGCAUAUCCCAGUAAUUGUGUGUUACAACAAUAGCUAUUAUCACGUGCACUAUUUCUCUCAAUGCUGCUUGGUCAUUUCCUCAGACUGAAGUCUGUAUUGAUGAAUUCUGCUUGUAGCCUAGUCUUCAUUUCAAAUAAAGUUACUACAUUUCUUUCAUCCAA